AUGAGUCAACAGAGUCCCGUCAAGGUGCAACUGCUGUCCAUUCCUGACUGCCCGUUGGUGGCCAAGGUCCGCAACACGCUUAACGAUAGUUUGGCAAAAACACGCUCAGACGCAACGGUCGAGGAGCUUGUGGAAGAUUAUACUUCUCCGACGCUCCUCAUCAACGACUUUGAAGUCACCGGUAUACCCGUUGCAGCGCAAGGACACAAAAACUGCCGUCAUGAUCUUCGAAAUGAGAAGCAGAAACUAGCUGCUCUUCGGGGCUGUCCGUUUUAA